GGAGAAGUGGUUCGCCUGGAGCGAAUCUGAGCGCGGUGAUGGGAAAAGAACAAAAUUAUGAUGCCAUCUCGCAGUUUCAGUCCGCUCUUGACCUCUCAACUUCACGCAUAUCCACAUUAGCUAUACAACAAGACGGGCUAAGAUUUUGAUUAGUGAUAGUUCAGUGUUCUUUUUUCGUUAAUGAUGAAACCGACAAUAAUCGUUCUGGCCUUCUUAUGUGUGGCGGACGGUCAGCUACUAUCCCCACCAUCUUUACCAAGAUUUGGAGGUCUAAGUGCAAACGCAGGAUUAAGCAACAUCCAGGGAGCAGUCUCAGGAGUUGUUAAGGCUGGACAAUCUCUACUGCAGCAGUUUACUGAUUUUAAGGAGAAGUUUAAUAAACAAUACAGCUCGUUGACGGAAGAGCUACAUAGAAAAGAAAUUUUUAUUGAAACAUUGAGUAAAAUCAAUCUUUUCAAUGAAGACUACGCAAAAGGAGUCCGUGGCUUCGCAACAAAAAUUAAUCCAUUUGCUGAUAUGACCUUCCACGAAUUCUUUAACCAGUUCAACGGUUUCAACAGGAGCAGCAGCGCAGCAGCUCAUCCAUCCAAGGGUACCACUUUUGUUCCUCCGGCAAAUGUCAUCUUCCCAGAGACAGUUGAUUGGAGGGAGGCGGGCGCAGUUGGACCAGUGGAAUAUCAAGGAAAAUGUGCCGGAUGCUGGGCAUUCGCUGCUGUAAGUAUCUUCAGAUAAUCUGGGAGUGGAGUUAGUCAGAAGUGUAGUCAAUCGAAUAAAAAUGAAGUAAUAAAUGUGGAAUUUAAAGUUAGUACAGUUUUUUUUGUUGUUCUUUUAAUUUUAUAUGUAAUUGAGCUCAAUACGCAAAACAAAAUUGUACCUCAGGUAGGUACUCUACUGUAACCUUGUUAUCCUAGAUAAAAUGAGACACCGUGUAGUGUCAUGUAUGAAGAUUUGUCACAGUUAUCUUUCCGCAAUAAUUAGAAAUUUACUUUGAAAAGGUUAGUGCUCCAUAGAUCUAUAUCCUCAUACAGUAAGCAACAGCGUCAUCAAACAUUUUCAAAAUAGAUUUAGGAUAAAUUAGUGAGGAGAGGAAAAAUAUAUACCGGGUGUUUCAAAUUCGACUCUCAGCACUGGGAUCUCGGAAACGGUAAGCGAUACGAAGUCAAUUAAAUGAGGGCAAAGUUUCAUAUUUAGAAAGCUAACAAAACUCUGCUUAGAAGGUUUCGAACUCCAAAGUACUUCCGGAGAGAGACAAAAAAACCGAAUUUCAACAUAGUCUUUUUAAUGUUUUCUUGACUUUAUUUAUAGUGGAAUUUUCAGCAUCCGUCUUAUUUUUUCUUAAAGGCGCCGUAUUGUAUUUUUACACAGGAAAUGAAGUUUAUAAUUCUGAUUCCAAAAAUGUGUAAUAUGUCAUACAUUGAUACUGCCAAAUCUUAGUUAUAUAAGAAAAACAGAAUUUCAUAGGUAGGCUUUGAAAUUAUCAGAUAGUCACUUUCAUAUUACCUAUACCAAAUUGCUCAAAUUGAGCACAGUAAGAGAGUUUGGAAUGCUGAGCGGCAACAAUGUAAAUAGAAGAGGCCUUGCGUACAAAUUAGCGAACAAGGUUCUGAACAUCUACUAUGAUUUACCUCCUAUCAUUUAUGAUUGUUAUUGUUAUUACCAUCAAUAAAAUUUUCAUUUUGUGUUCAGGUUUCACCGUACCUUUUUAUUUCCUUAUAAUUUUCGUUCCAACAACAAAUUCAUGGCCAACUAAGGAAAUAUAUCAGUGAAUUUAGGACUGAAAAUUCUAUUUAAAUGUACCAAAUUUCACUACAGCGCUCACAUGAAAAAACAAAGUUAGUGAUGGAAGCCAAGAGAAGAAACCUUGAAAAUUUGACUUCAAGUAAAGUUAGGAAAAAUAAAAAAUUAUUUUGUGAUAAAGCUGGUAUAUGAAACAAAUGACUAUCUGAUAAUUCCAAGGCCUACGUUCUGUUUUUUAAAUAACUAAGGUUUGGCAAUGUCAAUGUAUCACAUGUAUCAUACAUUUUUGGAAUCGGAAUCAAAAACUCUAUUCGCCUGUGCAAAAAUUCAAUAUGGCGUUCAAAAGAAAAUAUUAAGUUGAUGCUGGGCGAAACGUCAUAUUGAAAUUCUAAUUAAGCAGUCUUGUAAAGGAGAGAAAGUGGUAAUGGUAAUGUGUUUUAAAAUUCCACUUCAAAUAAAGUCAGGAAACAAUUAAAUCUGUUUUCCGAAAAUUCGGUUUCUUCUGUUCCUUUCCGGAAGUACUUUGAAUUUCUUUACUUCCUUAAUACGCAACUUUGCC